CUUCCAAACACGAACUGAGGGCAAGCCAAAGGCGCUUGUUUGCUUGCUGCUUGCUUGUUCCCUCAAUAAUUACAUUACCUACCUCACCUACAUACCAGUACAGUGCAGUUCUUGGCUAUUUUGUCAAUCGGUCUCGACCGCGCACCGCAAGUACCCACUUUACUUAUUCAGAUAACGGCCUGUCAAGUAGUGGAGUGGCGACCGCAAGCAACACCCAGGCUUGGGAACAGACCCCCGGCCCGACUCCUAUUUUGCCUCGUUGAGUGGUAAGUAGUAUUUACUUCGUGGUCACCCUCGUCUCAGACCUCACCUCGUCGUCGCAACUCAACUUAACGCCAGCUCAUUCCCAACCCGAAUAAUCCGAGUGCGACACACUCACAUUUCCCGACAACGUUUCUUGUCCGGUCACUGUCUCGUUUUAGACUGUUUGUAUUAAUUCAAUCAAUAAUGAAGACGACAGCAUAGAACGACAAGCAUUCUUUGAUUCGUCUUUCCAGCCCUUGCGUCACUUCCUGCUCUUCCGCACAACAAGCACCUUCUCCAGUCCCAUUUUCCCGUGUUUCAACCUUCGUCGGCACUUAAUUUCAGAGUUCAAAUCGAAAAUCAGAGCAAUUUCCCAACGAGCCUUGAUACCAACACACAAACCGCCACUACUACGCCACCAUCUUAACCAAAAAGACCAGUCUAGCCAGGGCGCACGCGACCACAACCAUGGCAGCAAUCAUGCCGCGUCUUCCAGACGCAGCCCAGAACAUUUUCCAACAGCCGCAGUCGCAACAAUUUCGCUCGUCAAAUCCUUACCAGACCCAGUAUCUCAACCGUCAGUCAUCACCACCAAACAGCGGCAGCAUGCUCAAGCAGGACUCGCCUCCAUCACCCUCGGGUUUCCCGUCGCGGCGGCGCGGGAACGCUCCUCUCUUUGUCCCUGCCGUGCUGCGCCCAAACGAGUUUCCGUCGCGAGAGCCCCACGAGCAUCGCUCCCACGCAAGCGUCGAUCUCCCGUCCUCUGCUCCUAGGUCGUCUCCUGGCUCGGGCUUCAUCAACCUCGCCGGCAUCGGUGCCAUCAGCAUAAGCCGCUUCGCGCGCAGGUCGUCCGCCGAUAGCAAUAGCUUUGUUGAGUCCGAACUGGACAAGAAGCUGUUCCCGCCCGUCACAGCAGAGCCAAAGCGCAGCCACUGGAAGCCCGAUGAAUCUGCCACCGUGUGCGAUCACCCAAGCUGCACUAAGCGUUUUGGAUACUUCACACGCCGUCAUCACUGCCGCAGCUGCGGUAACAUCUACUGCGAUCCCCACUCAUCCUACCAGAUUCCCCUGGACGAGGACGCGCAGUACAACCCUCGCGGACAGCUUAGCCGUGCUUGCGGCAUCUGCUUCGACCAGUUCCGCGUCUGGUCCUCCACCAGCAGUAGCAAAGCUUCCAGCGAUACGUCCUCCACACGCCCGUCGACGCGGGUGACCGAAGCCGGAUCGGCCUCCACCGCUCCCAGUAGCCCAGUAUCUACAGUCCCUGUUCCGGUUCAUCCAUAUGGCGGAAGCAAGGGGAGCGCUCCAACGCAGGCACCUUACAUGGAUGUGGCGCAGAGCGUUCCCCGUGACUGGAACUGGAGCACGUUUUAGAGUGGCGACUCCCUUCCCGCCACCCCUGCAGAUCUUAUUUUCCCUGAUGAGCAACGUCAAAAUCGUCCAAAGCCAAUUUACGCCAUUUGGCCAAAAGACGAGCUCCCAGUCGAUGAGAACAUCUCUGCAGAAACCAAGCAAAAGGCAGAGGCCCAUUUGAAAGAGCCAUCCAACCAAAGUCAGGAGCCUAGAGCCGCCUUCAGAUUCCCGAGCAGAUUGAGCGAAGAGCACAGGCGCCGCGUGCAGGAGGACUACGAACGCCAACAGGUCCAAGAUGCGUUUGAGCAACGAUGGCGCGUUCCUCUGCUGGUGAUUAGCCGUAUUCAAAGCUUUGCUGUUGCGAUCCGUCACAAGCUGGUCUCUUCUGGCCUGUCUCGACAAUUCCACCGGGUCUCUGUCACAUUCUGUUCACCAACCGCCACGUUUACUCCUGACAGUAUUGUGUGAUAUUUUUUCCGCUCGACACUUCAAGACCCAAGCCAACUCUUACUAGAACAUAUACAGAGCAAUCCGGCAGCAGAGGCGCAUUUUGUUUCAGCGCCGCAUCUUCGCCUCGUCUUUUCAUCACCAUUUUAAGAGAUACCCCAAUCCUCUGUUGGACCUUAAACCGUCCUGCCCCAGGAUUUCAUGUUCUUCUGUCAGAUCACCCACUCGAUCCCCUCACCACGCCAACCUUUUAUUAUCAGGCUAUGGAUGUGUUUCCCGGACUUCUCUUAAGGACUGUCCCAAAAACCUCCUUAGACUGGGAAAACAAACACCUUUGCGCCUUGUUUAAAGCGAGGAGAUCCGAGCGAUUUCGACAUGUUUUAAUUUUUUCCGCUUCUCUGCAUUCUCUUCCACAUAAUGUCUUUCUUACCACUAUAUUGCCAGUUUCCUUUAUAUGGCCAUGGAUCUGGGGCGUUACGGAUGGUUUUGGUCUGUUUUUUUUUAUCCCAGACCCACGUCGUUGCCCCAGGCUGCGCGACUUUGGUGUCCUGAUAUCAUGCGGUUUGGCUUUGGGCUCAUUGGCUUUCUUUUUCCGCUUUGUUUGCCCUCUGGAAUUGUUUGGAGUUUUCUUGAUGCAUUUUGUGAGCCGGGUUUUUAUUUUCAUGUUUCUUUUUGGAGCAUUUUGCGCAUUUUCGAGCCAGAGUAUAGACACAACUUUUCGCGUUAUCGUGCAUCAAAGCACUGGAAUAGACAACAUUUGAACAUGCA